GACCCGCCGCCUCCCUCCCUCGCUCACUGACUCGCUCCCUCCCGGGCUGCGGCUGCUGCUGCAACGGCGGCGGCGGUGGUGGCAGCAGCAGCAGCAACGGGGGCAUUCUGGAGACCGGCUUCGAGGAUUUGCUGCUGUCUCUGCUGCUCCAUCCUCCCCACAGAGGCCCUCUCCCCUCUCCCAUCUCAAGAUGGCAGCCAGCAGCUCUGAGGUCUCUGAGAUGAAGGGGAUAGAGGAGGGCCCCCAGACCCAGGGACAAGGGCCUGGCCAUUCUGCAGCUGGAACUGGCCCUCCCGAGGUCCCAGCUGGGGCCCCAAAUGAACCAGAGGCCCUGCAGCCAGGUCCAGACACCAUUGGGGCUCCUGUGGACUCAGAGCCCAAUGCUGGAUCUACUCCAGAAACCACAGAGACCCCAACUGGGGCCCCAGAAAUCACCCAGGCCAGAGACCUCAGCUCAAGCCCAGAAGGGAACUCAAAGGCCAACUCCAGCCCCAAAGAAGCAUGCCAAGUGCCAGCCUCCAAACCAGAAGUGAGCAAAGAGGCCACUGCAGACCUGGAGUCUGCAGCCCCACUUGAGCCAGCCUCAGCGCCCACUAACCAGCUGGACCCCCAAUCAGACCCUCAGACAGACCCCCAGCCAAGUUUCCAGUCCACCCCUAAACCAGUCCUUCAGCCAGAGCCCCCUACCCAGGAAGCCCCCACCCCAGAGAUCCUGACUGAGAAUGUGGGGGAAAAACAGGAGAAUGGGGCUGUGGUUCCCCUACAGGCCGGUGAUGGAGAAGAGGGCCCAGCCCCUCUGCCUCACUCGCCACCCUCAACUAAAACCCCCCCAGCCAACGGGGCCCCUCCCCGAGUGCUGCAGCAGCUGGUUGAGGAGGACCGACUAGGAAGGGUGCACGGUGGGCAUCCAGGAUCUCCCCGAGGUAGCCUGAGCCGCCACCCCAGCUCUCAGCUGGUAGGGUCUGGGGUGGAGGGGGGUGAAGGCACCCAGAAACCUCGGGACUACAUCAUCCUCGCUAUCCUGUCCUGCUUCUGCCCCAUGUGGCCUGUCAACAUCGUGGCCUUCGCUUAUGCCGUCAUGUCCCGGAACAGCCUGCAGCAGGGGGACGUGGAUGGGGCCCAGCGUCUGGGCCGUGUGGCCAAGCUCUUAAGCAUCGUGGCGCUGGUAGGGGGGGUCCUCAUCAUCAUCGCCUCCUGCGUCAUCAACUUAGGCGUGUAUAAGUGAGGGGCUCUGCCCUGCAUUCCAAGAUUUUUCUUCCUGUUGGGAGCUGCCUUGGGCCCAUCCUCCCCUGGGGGGAGCCCAAUC